AGAAUAGGCAAUUGCUAGCUAACAUAAUAUAUUAAACUUAUUAAGUGCUUUUUAUUAAGAAUUAAAUAUUUUAUAACGUGAAGUGUUGUUCUUCAUCGAUACUGCGAUGCGGAGGAAAAUGCCUCUUAUGUAUUGAUUGCCAUAGAAACGAACGAAUGUAAACAGUAUUUGUUACCAAAUUCGAGUGAAAGUGAAAUACACUGAUUUUGAAUUGAAAGAUGUCUAGUAGACCACCAUUUUGCGGCUAUCUUACAGCUUCUGGCCAAGGUGAAACUUGGGACCACUCAGACGGAAACAAAUUUAAACAGUUUGGAUGGAGGUGCACCACAAACGAAACUGGAUAUUCACACGAAACUCUGAUUGGGAACUGGAACGAAGAACGCUAUGAUACUAGAAAUAUGUCUAUAAACAAGCCCAUUCCGUCACAGUACAGCCAUUAUUUUCAAACAAGCUAUGAGAAUGACUUCAAGACAAAGGGUAAAGUGAGCAACUUACCAGAUUACGUGAAGAAAAUUGGUGGUGCAGUAUCUGAGCCAAGAAGCUUUCCGCACCACCAGCCAGAGUUGGAUCCCAGGGAAUUAAAACAAACUUACAACUCAUUUGAAACUACUUCGCAAAGUGCUUACAAAGAUCCAAGAACUACAACUCAGAAAUAAUUGCAAACCUUGUCUAAACGAUAUUGUUAUUCAAGACUUCUUGUAAAUAACACUUUUGUUUUUGUUUAGAAUUUUAUUGUUAAGAGUUAAUUUUGAAAAAUCCAGAAGUUUUUUAUGUUUUGUAGUUUUCUGUUUUUCCUUAAUAAAGCAAUGAAAUCAAUUUUUUAAAGAUACCAUAACAAUUUUAAGUGAUUGCUUGAAAAUUUGAAUAGUAAAUAUAAAAAUCAUACAAUGACAAAAUUAACAAUG